AUUUAUUUAUUUAAAUCUUUUCAGUUGCAUUUUUCACGUACUUAUCGGAUGAUAAGAAGGUAGCUAUCGGUUGAUCUUGACACACAAAGAGAAUUCCGUGACCAAAGAGUACAGAGUACAGACACACCCGCUCGAAUACCUACUCUCGUAGAAAGUAAUUGUACAAAGUAUGAAUGGACCGACGAGAGAUCUGCCGUGGGGCCUGCGAUGCGCGAGGUGCGUGCAAUGCGACGGCUGCUGCGAGCAUCGCCGUGUCAAUUGGAUGGCGUGGCACCAAGGCGGCGUGCUGGCGCUCACCUACCUGGCGUACACCUGUUACCAUUUGACCCGAAAGCCGAUAUCCGUGGUGAAGAACGUCCUGAGCCACAAUUGCAGCAGCCUGCCGGUACCCGCGGACAUUUCGGUGAACGCCAGUAACCGGGACACCUGGUGCGACUGGGCUCCGUUUGAUACGGAGGACGCGCCGGCGUUACUCGGCAUGCUGGAUUCGGCAUUUUUGUUUGCGUACGCGGUGGCUAUGUUUCUCAGCGGCUUCAUAGCGGAGAGAGUAAAUCUACGAUAUUUCCUUUCCUUUGGUAUGCUCGCUUCAGGCAUAUCGUGCUAUCUGUUCGGGAUCGCUAAAUCGUACAAUAUUCACAAUCUAUGGUACUUUGUUUUCGUGCAGGUAAAUAUCAAUACGUAUAUAGUUUGUAAAAUGAUAUGUUAUAUGAUGUGUCAGUCCAGGGUUGG